AUGUCAUAAGAUUAUCAUAAUAUGUAUGUGGAACAAAUUUCAGAGCAGAAUUAAUUGAGGAACUCUUAAUUAAAUGAAAAAGAAAGAAAAAGCCUAAUAAAAAAUGAAUACAAAAUACUGAAAGAGAAACAAAGAAAAUCUAUAGCACAAACUUAACAAAUGCAAUAAUUAUUACAAAAGCAAUUAUGUUUAGAAGAUUCAGAUUAUGAAUCAUAAUAAGGAGACCCUACAAGAAGAAGAUUUAUUUAUGAUGAUGAAAGAUAAGUGUGCAUGAUUUGUAAUUGCGCGUUUGGAAUAUCCAUUGAGGAACAUGAGAAUUAAUUGGAACAUAAGAAAAAAUUAAACUUGCAAUUUCACUAAUUAUAAAAAUACAAAACUUUCUAUGAGACAAACUUCAUAAGUUAAAAAUUAUGGAGUCUUCAACUAUUUGACAAAUUCAAAUUGGAAAAUGGGAUACGUAAUGAAGAUUUUACAAAAUUCACUAGACAAUAAUUAAAUUAGCAUUCUUAUGACUUUAAGUAAUUAGGAGAACAGACUUAAAGGAAAAUAACAGAUGAACUAUCAAAGUUAUUUGAAUUUCUUUACAUAAAUAAUAUAAAUUCAAUUAGCAUUCAAUCGAUUGUAAACUUUUUAGAAAAUGCUACUAUCAAAAAGAUUCAAGUUCUAUAAGGAAUUUCAUUUUUACUUAAGCAAUUAGGUUUAACAAAUAUUGAAAUAAAAAAUAUUGUGUAAAAUUACAAGGUAAUUAAAAAUCAAAGUGAAAGUCUAAAUUCUUAUGAUAAACUUCUCAACAAUUUAGAGAAAUUACUAAAUUAUCUAAUUGUGUUCAAAGAGUUUUAAUUGUAUUUAUUUUUAAUAAUAAUUAAAAAUACAACAAUAAACAAAAUCACUUUGUUUCGAAAUGGAUUAUCAAAGUACGAAAUAUAGUAAGGUUCAUUGAUUAUUCGCUAUUUGAAUAAAAAUGGAAAUUUAAAAAGAGCUGAUAUUGACGUAAAUCAAAUUCAUCGCGAAGCAAUCAUGUAUUUAGAGAAUUUGUAAAAGCAAGUUGAUCAUGAAGUGAAGAGUAAAGAGAUAUUUUCUACUUUUGAAAAAGCAAAACAUUAGAAUAAAAUUAUACAAGAGAUAAGAGAGAAGAUUAAAGGAGAGAGUAAUUUAGAAGUAGAAUUCAGAUAAUUUUUACAAGACUUUAAAUUGCAAGAAAUAACAAAUGUGUUGAAAAAAAUUGUUGUAAGAAAAUUUAAAUCUUAGUGUGGGG